AUGACUGUGGAUGAAUAUCUGAGCAAGUUCAACCGCUUAGCAAAAUAUUCUUAUUAUGGUAGAGCUCCCCUCACUCCAGAAGAUAAGGCCUUUCGAUUCAGGAAAGGUCUGAAUGAUAUAAUAGCAGACAAACUGGCUGGUCAUUGCACCAGAGAUUUUGUGGAGUUGAUCAAGCAGUGCCAGAAUAUUCAGGAGCACUUUUGUACUAGGGGAAAGGAAGCAGCAGGAAAGAGCUUCAGUGGGAAGACUACCCCCUGGAAGGGUAAGGGCAAAGGUUUGCAAGCACAACAGAACACCAAGUUUAAGAAGACUCCCUUUGUGAAGAAUGGAAGCAGAAUGUCUGGUGUAGGGAAGAUUCCCACUUGUACCAAGUGUGGAAAGAUGCAUACAGGUGUUUGUAGACUAGGGCAUAAUGUUUGCUUCAAUUGUGGUCAGGCAGGACACUAUUCCAGAGAGUUCCCUAAGAAGAUGAGGCAAGUUGCAGCUAUUCAGGCGAUUCUAAUUCAGUCUGUGCCUACUCAGAGAGCCAUAGAUGAGCCUAUGGCGCCCACUAGUGCCAGGGUAUAUGCAGCGACUCAGCAAAAGGCAGAGAGGUCUCCUAACCUUAUCAGAGGUACUAUUCUUAUUAGAGGAUAUACAUUUGAUGCCAUGUUUGAUUCUGGAGCUACCCACUCCUUCAUAUCAGAAUUUGUUGCUAAUGGAUUACAUUUGCCCAUUCAUGAGUUCAGGCCUCCCAUGGUAAUGAAGACUGCCAUCGGAGACAUUAUUUCUACUUCUUUGAAGUGCAAAGAAGUCAAAUUCAUAUAUGAGCAAGAAGAGUAUAUGGUGGAUUUGAUAGCGCUUGAGGGCAUGAAUCUACAUAUUAUAUUGGGUAUGGAUUGGCUGGUUCGGUAUGGUGUGAUGCUAUAUUGUUGUAGUAGAAGGGUUUUCUUUGCUGCAAAAGGAGAAAAGCUGGACAGUUUGUACUCGAUGGCACCGCAGUUAAAUAAGGCUCUAGAUAAGGGAGAUGCAGGAUACAUUAUCUUGGGAGGACUCGUAGGAGACUCCAAAGAACCUACUGCUAAUAUUCUGGUUGUAUGCGAGUUUGAAGACGCAUUUCCGUAA